UUCAAGGCCUCUCUUUCCUUCCUAUAUAUAAAACCAGCCUCCUGUAUCUCUUUGCGCCAAGCACCUUAGUUUUCUCAGUUGAACCUCGCACACCACAAAGAGAAAAGAAAGAAGAAAGAUAAAUUGAGAGAGAGAGAGAGAAUAAUGCCACCUUCUUACUGCGUGAAUGAGAGAAAACCAUGUGUGAGAUGGGUGGAGAAAUAUUUCAAAGAUUGCCUUUGCAAUUUGAAAGAUGAAAUCUCGUUUAGUUUCGGGCUCACAAGUCUAGUGUUCUGGGGUGUAGCUGAAAUUCCUCAAAUAAUAACCAUUUUUCGUACCAAGAAAAGCCAUGGAGUUUCCCUUGUCUUUCUCCUCACUUGGGUUGCUGGGGAUAUAUGCAAUUUGACGGGAUGCAUUCUUGAACCAGCUACUUUGCCAACACAGUACUACACAGCUCUGCUUUACACGAUCACUACGAUCGUAUUACUACUGCUAAUAGUAUAUUAUGACUACAUCAGCAGAUGGUACAAACAUCGUCAGAAGGUCAACCUCGUAAGGGAUCACGAAGAAGAGAAAAAACCAUUGAAGCCACCGAAACCCACUAACAAAUCUGGAAUCCCAAUACCAAAUGGCUCACCCAAGGCAGCACCUAGACAGGAGUACUAUUAUAUGUCAGCAAGAUCAUUGGCUGGGAGUGGCACUCCACCCUGGGGAAUCUACAUGAGAGCUGCUAAAAGUGGUCCUUCAGCCAUCGAAUCGAUCGAUGACUCUUCUUCCGAUGACGAAGCACCUCCUGCUUCCUCAAAUAAUUCUGCAUCCCAAGCUAUGCCAAUCCCACGUUCUGUUGCUGGAAGUUAUGGAACAUUUCUAGCAGCUGCUGUUAAUUUGCCUCUCAAGGGUAAUGCUUUGAGGCAAGGAUACAUAGGAUAUGGUGGAAGAAAACUUUUGCAGGAGUACGAGAAACAUAGUACAUUUGGUCAAUGGCUGGGAUGGCUCAUGGCUGCUAUCUAUAUAAGUGGUCGAGUUCCUCAAAUAUGGUUGAAUAUUAAAAGAAGCAGUGUGGAGGGCUUAAAUCCUUUCAUGUUCGUCUUCGCAUUGGUUGCUAAUGUCACUUACGUGGGAAGUAUUCUUGUAAGAACCACAGAAUGGGAAAGCAUCAAAGCUAAUAUGCCAUGGUUAUUGGAUGCCGUAAUUUGCGUGGCAUUGGACAUUUUCAUAAUAUCGCAAUACAUCUACUACAGAUACUUUCGAAGGAGAGAAGCAAAAGAUGAUUAUAAAGAAGCGGGAAAAGUUGCUGCAUCUUGAUUUUUGUAGCUGUGUGCUGUAACCAAUUGAUAUUGGAUUGAAAACUUAAUGGGCACCUUCACAAAACUGAGAUAUUAGCGUACAUUCUUCGUGAGAAGUAUGUAUGCUGCUAAUGUUUAUGUAGGGAUUAUGGGAAAUUAGUACACACCCAUAGGAUAUGCAUGUUUAGUUGUUGAAGACAUGAUAGUCGCUACUUUGAAGUGGUUUUGUAGAUCCAAUAACUGACAAGCUUGUUGGAGGACUAUGCUAGGACUUCCUCUUGUAGUUGAUACAGCAUCACAACUCUCAAUUCAACUAUGUGCUCUGUAGUUUACACUCCUUCAUCACAACUUUCAAUUCAAUAAAACAUACACCUAAUAAUUACUAUUUGAACUAAUGGAUUAUAAAGUAUUUUGGAUGA